AAAUUAAUAAAAAUUGGAAGACUCACAUUGAAGAGAAAGGGCAAGGAAAGGAAAAGAAGGAAAGAAGAAAGAAAAUCUCACAAGAGAGAAAAAAGUGGAGGAAUUGAAGAGAGUGAUUUUACAAAAGCCACAAACACAAAACCACACAAAUUACAUGGUUCACUUUGGGUUCAAAUAAAGUCUUCAAAUUUGGAUUCACUUUCCGUGAUCAUCACGUCCAAGCAUUUUCUCUCACAGUAAAAGAAAAGGGGGGAAAAUAAGAAAAAAAAUUCCAGCUUUUAUUGGAGAAGAAGGGAAAAAAGUGAUUUUGAUUUCAUUUUCUUCGUUUAGGGAUUGAAUCUGAAGGAAUUAGAUCGAUCAGAAGAGAGAAAGAGUGGAGGUGAUGUCGUGCUCAUCGUCGUCGGGGUCGGAGGAGGACGAUGAGGGUUUCGAUUCGUACCGCAAAGGAGGGUACCAUGCUGUCAGAAUCGGCGAUCAGUUCGCCGGUGGAAGGUACAUAGCUCAGAGGAAGCUCGGUUGGGGCCAAUUCUCCACCGUUUGGCUUGCUUACGAUACCACCAAUUCCUCAUAUGUUGCUCUCAAGAUCCAAAAAAGUGCAGCCCAGUUUGUUCAGGCAGCACUUCAUGAGAUUGAUGUUCUUUCAUACAUUGCUAAGGGUGACCCUUCAAAUUCGAAGUUUGUUGUUCAAUUAAUUGACCACUUUAAACACACUGGCCCGAAUGGGCAGCACCUUUGCAUGGUCCUCGAGUUUCUUGGUGAUAGCUUGCUACGUCUGAUCAAAUAUAACCGAUACAAAUGCCUUCCAUUGAAUAAAGUUAGGGAAAUGUGCAAAUACAUUUUGAUUGGUUUGGAUUACUUGCACAGAGAACUUGGUCUAAUCCACACUGACCUCAAACCUGAAAAUAUUCUUCUACUUUCAACCAUUGAUGCUGCCAAAGACCCUUUUAAAUCUGGACAAUCCCCAAUUCUGGAGAGGCCCGAGGGAGGCAUCAACGGUGGAGUCACAAGUCUUAUUGAGAAAAGAUUGAGAAGGAGAGCUAAGAGGGCUGUUGCUAAGAUAUCCGAAAAAAGAUCCUCAAUGGGUGUAGCUGGAGAAGAGCAAAAGUCUACUAGAAACAUUGAUGGGAUUGAUAUGAGAUGCAAGAUUGUAGAUUUUGGAAAUGCAUGUUGGGCUGACAAGCAGUUUGCUGAAGAAAUACAGACAAGGCAAUACAGAGCUCCUGAAGUUAUACUGCAGUCCGGCUAUUCCUUCUCUGUCGACAUGUGGUCUUUUGCUUGCAUUGCUUUCGAGCUUGCCACUGGUGAUAUGUUGUUUACGCCCAAGGGUGGUCAAGGUUUUAGUGAAGAUGAGGAUCAUCUCGCCUUGAUGAUGGAGCUCCUCGGAAAGAUGCCCCGGAAGAUUGCAAUUUCUGGAGCACAAUCCAAGGAAUUCUUUGACAGGCACGGUGAUCUGAAAAGGAUCCGGAGGCUAAAAUUUUUGGCACUUGACAAAUUGCUGAUUGAUAGAUAUAAGUUUCCAGAGACUGACGCACGCGAGUUUACCGAAUUUCUUACACCACUUCUUGAUUUUGCGCCGGAGAAGCGACCAACUGCACAACAGUGCUUGCAACACCCAUGGAUGAAUCGUGAUAUCUUUUUUUUUCUUUUUACACUAAUCACUAUUGAUUGCCUGGCAGCAUAA